GAGUACCGGGAUGGUCACUGCAGUCGACUCGAUUCUUGUCUGUGUCAUCUGUACCCUACCAAGCAAAGACAUCAGAGCUCACAAUGGCCUUCGGAGGUGUACUGACUGAUGCUGACGUCACUGCAGCCCUGGAUGCGUGCAAAGGCGAUGGCACAUUCGACUACAAGAAGUUCUUCGCGACCUCCGGCCUGGCUGCCAAGUCCACAGAUGACGUCAAGAAGGCCUUCGCCAUCAUUGACCAGGACAAGAGCGGUUUCAUUGAGGAGGACGAGCUUAAGCUGUUCCUGCAGAACUUCAAGUCAGGUGCACGCGUCCUGAACGACGCCGAGACCAAGGCUUUCCUCAAGGCCGGUGACACCGACGGUGACGGCAAGAUUGGCGUUGAUGAGUUCGCUGCCUUGGUUAAGUCAUAAAAAGGCAACUGACCAACACCUGAUGGAACAACAAUGCCCACCUCGACCUCCCCCUUUCAUCUGAAUAUAAAUAAU